CGGUGGUCAGCUGCUUGAGCGCGAGCCGGGUGAAAAUGGCAAAAAACAAUUUUAUAUUCACGCAGUGCGUCUUGUAUUUUUUGGCUGUCAUCUUCGGGUUUAUCGCGGUAGUGCCUCUUUCGGAAAAUGCUGAGGACUUCGGAGGGAAAUGCUUGCUGUUCACGCGCGGAAUGUGGCAGAACGAGAACAUCACGGUGUCCAAGCAGCGCUUCAUGGUGGAGGAGUGGGGACCGCAGUCCUCCUGCAGCUUCAUCACCUUCGUCGGCGUGGCCUCUCUCGUGCUGGCCGCUAUUCAGGCCUGGAGACUGCUCUUCCUCAUUUGCAAAGGCCAUGACGACUCCAUAUUUAAUGCCUUCUUGAAUCUGCUGAUCAGCUUGUUCGUGGUAUGUGCUGUGUUCCUGUCCAGCACCAUAGUGACAGUGGGCUUUAACCUGUGGUGCGAUGCUAUUACUGAGGAAGGCAGCAUGCCCAGCAGUUGUGAGGAUUUACAGGACACUGAUUUGGAGCUGGGGUUGGACAACUCUGCAUACUAUGACCAAUUUGCUAUUGCACAAUUUGGUCUGUGGGCUGCUUGGUUGACAUGGUUGGGUAUUACGUUUAUGGCCUUCCUGAAGGUCUACCAUAACUACCGUCAGGAAGACCUGCUGGACAGCAUGAUUCAUGAGAAGGAGUUCCUGUUGGGCCGUUCCUCACGCCGCUGCUCAGAUGUAUUUGAUAAGAAAAGUCCCAUGAUCUGAUCUGGAAGCAUAGAGUACAGUCCGAUUAUCUGAAUGUGAUGAUUUGCGAUGAGACUCAAAACUGACAUGCACUGAAAUGAAUAGUAUUUCAAGGUUCUUUUGCCAUAGAUGUGUUAGACACAUACUGUUAUGACACCUUCAGCAGAGCCUUUUAACAGCCUGGCUAUCAUCUGUGGGUUGCCAGUGAAACUUAAUUAAUUAUUGGCGUGUAAGUGUGCAAAAAUGCUACUUGCAAGUUUAUUCCCAAAAUCUAAAUUAUUAGCUUAAUUUUUAGCACUCUUUGUUUAGCGCUAUAAUGGCAAAAGAAAUUUAAAUAGUGGCAAAUAGAACCUUGGCUCAUUUUUGGUCCCAGUCCCUAGAGAUUACCACAGCCUUUACAGCUAUACAGGGGCUAAAAAUGUAAACCCUGUUUUUGCUACAAUAAGUAAUACAUUUUCCACAACUCUAUCAUUUGCUAUUAUAUUUAAUUGUACUUUUACUCUUUUAACCUCAAUCUUACAUUUUGGUUACAAUUAUCUGUAAUAUUAUAUUAUGAAUAUAAUAUUAUGAAUAAUUAAUUAUGUUAUAAUUCUUAAAUUUUGUAGUCUAAGUCUUCAUGUAAGGAACUCAGCUAAAAAUUAGAAACAGUUUUUCAGUUGGUGUUUUCUAUAUCCAGUAUAUAAUUUAUUUUAGUUUACAGUAGAUUAUUACCUGGGUUCUGUUCUUACCAUUUCACUUUUAUCUACAGUAUAUGUACCGUAUAUGCGUUUACAGCAAGUGUGAUAUAUGUGAAGACGUGUACAACCAUAUAGGCAGUUCAAUAUGAAAAUAUGUACUGCAUUACUCUUGUAUCUUUUAACAAAAGAUCAUUGUUGACUUCGUAAUCAUACAACAUUUUGCAAAUGAAACAAAAUGUGUAUUGAAGCAAAAAACAAACAAAAAAAGGGCAUAGAUUUGCACAUUGCGUAAGCUUUCAGUAUUCCUUUUUUCAUGUAUUUGCCUCAUGAAUUUUAGCUGCAUGCUGCAAUAAAAGUGUGUGUCUGCAUUUUCAAUAUAAUCAGUUUAAAAAUAACCAAAUAAUUAUUUUAUAACCUCAGUGGCACAUUUUUAUUUUUAAUGUGUAUUAAUUUAGAAAAUGCAUGAAUAAUGAGUUUGAUGAUCUUUGCAACCUGCUAGACCUUCAUGUUCCAUAUAAAACAUAAAUUAAAAACAUUCUGUAUUUAA